CCUGCGCCGCGUCUCUUUUUCUUUGAAAAGUCUCUACAAGUAUACCUGUCUGCAGCUUGCCGAAUGGGUCCAGAUGAGGAGGGAAAUCUCCAGGUGAAACGACUGAGAUCUGUGAGACAAACUGCUGUAAAGAUGGAGUUUAUUAAAGAAGAGAUUGAAGACAUCAAUAUUACACAACCAUGCAGAAUAAAAAGUGAAGAUACUGAUGGACAAAGAGAUCUGAUGGAGCUGAAGGAGGAAGGUCAAGAACUGAAUGAAGUGGAGGAGAAACAUCAGUAUCAGAAACCUGAUCAUUUCAAAGCAGAGGAACAGAAAUUUAAUUGCUCCCAAACAGGAAAGACUUUCUCACAGAAAAUAAGUCAAACAACAAGAGCACAAAAUGAUUUCACAUGCCAACAGUGUGGAAAAACGUACACACGUAAAAGAAGCCUUCAGAUUCACAUAAGAACUCACACAAGUCAGAAGACUUUCACAUGUCAACAGUGUGGAAAGAGUUAUAGACACAAAGAAAACCUUAAUUGUCACAUGAAAAUUCACACUGGAGAGAAGCAUUUGACAUGCCAUCUUUGUGGAAAGAGUUUCAGCCAAAAAGAAAAAUUUAAUCGUCACAUGAAAAUUCACACCGGAGAAGAGCCGUUCACAUGUCCUCAGUGUAGGAAGAGUUUCACGCACAAAGGGACCCUAAAUAGACACAUAAGAAUUCACACUGCAGAGAAGCCUUUUACAUGUCCUCAAUGUGGGAAGAGUUUCACGCAGAAAGGUACCCUAAAGAGUCACAUAAGAAUUCACACUGGAGAGAAACCUUUCGCAUGCCAUCAAUGUGGAGAGAGUUACAAAGUUCGAAGAAACCUAAAAACUCAUAUGAAAAUUCAUUCUGGAGAGACAUUACACCAGUGAUCUGAGGGUAGCAAGAGGUUUCACACCUAGUAAUUUCAAAACUCAUCUGUGCAUUCACUCCGGAGAAAGACCAUUUAAAGGCCUCUGCACACUUCCUACAAAAUUGAAGAACGAACAUGUAUGAUGUUAUUAUAGAACAAAAUCAGGCCAAAACGAAGUUGUUUUCUAGCUUGGGUGAACUUUCAGGAAAACCUCUUACUGGCUGCUAAUCACCCUCUUAUUGCUAUUGGUCCUCAUCAUUGGUAGAUUUGACCUGGAGCUCCACCUAGUUUGACAACUAAUUCCUGUUCAGUCAGUUAAGAUUAGUCAGCAUGAACACACCGGUGUGCAGAGCCUUUAGCGAGUUGGUUUAAACUUAACUUCAUCUGUACGAUAAUUUGCGUAGAGGCAUUUUCUAAGACCAUUUAAUGUGAUUUUGUAGUAAAAUGUAAUUAUCAAAUCUACUCAAAUACUCUUGUGUGACUAUUAAAGCUGCGUUCACACUGCCAGCAAUAUGCAGCGACAAAACUACCUCAUCUCAUUCGUUUUCAAUGAUAGCUGGCGACUUCCGGCAACCGGAUGUGGGCGUGUCCAGCGACGUGACAAAGUUGAGAAAUGUUUUACUUUAUGCAAAUGAAGAGCGACUAUUGGGAGCGAUAGCCAAUACGAGAGAAGAUGGUAGAGCUCACGUGAUCCUUCACUCUCUCAGCUCCUGCAGUGAAGGAAAGAUGGAGGAAAGGCUACUCUUCAUACGCACCACUAGUGACCUAAACGCCAGCCACUGGCAACAUGCUUCGACAAAGUAGCUGGCAGUGUGUACGCAGCUUUACUCUGUUGUUUGAUUUGCUGCUUCAGUCAUAUGCCAUCUGCAGUCCAAAGUGUGAUUAUGCCUAUCAUCACUUUUUUUGUCUGUAUUCUGCCCAUCAACACUCUUUCAUACACCCAUCUUUGCAGUAGUAUCAUAGUCAUCAUACAUUACAAUAACAGAGUGUAAUUGGCAGAUAUUAUGGCCGCAAAUAGAAUGUUAGCACAUUAGCGUCAUAAAUGCAAAAGGUAAACAUGACAAAUAACACAUCAUCUACUGCAUACUGGCAGCCCAAAGUUUGGAAUAAUGUACAGAUUUUGCUCUUAUAGAAAGAAACUGCUUUUAUUAAAUACUUUUAUUCACCAAAGUGGCAUUCAACUGAUCACAAUGUAUAGUCAGGACAUUAAUAAUGUGAAAAAUUACUAUUACAAUUUGAAACAAAUUUCAUAACUUCUUAAACUACUUCAAAGAGUUCUCAUCAAAAAAAUCCUCCACGUGUAGCAAUGAUAGCUUUGCAAAUCUUUGGCAAUCUAGCUGUCAGUUUGUCCAGAUACUCAUUUGGCAUUUCACCCCACACAACUGUAGGACUUGCCACUUAAGAUCCAUAACACUCUUUUUGAAUUAUCUGUUGUCCAAUGUCUGUGUUUCUUUGCCCACUCUAACAUUUUUGUUUUUCUGUUUCAAAAGUGGCUUUUUCUUUGCAAUUCUUCCCAUAAGUCCUGCACCCCUGAGUCUUCUCUUUACUGUUGUACAUGAAACUGGUGUUAAGCAGGUAGAAUUCAAUGAAGCUGUCAGCUGAGGACAUGUGAGGUGUCUAUUUCUCAAACUAGAAACUCUGAUGUACUUAUCCUCUUGUUUAGUUGUACAUCUGGUCUUCCACAUCUCUUUCUGUCCUUGUUAGAGCCAGUUGUUCUUUGUCUUUGAAGACUGUAGUGUACACCUUUGUAUGAUAUCUUCAUUUUUUUGGCAAUUUCAAGCAUUGUAUAGCCUUCAUUCCUCAAAACAAUGACUGACUGACGAGUUUCUAGAGAAAGCUGUUUCUUUUUUGCCAUUUGUGAACUAAUAUUGACCUUAAGACAUGCCAGUCUAUUGCAUACUGUUGCAACUCAAAAACAAACACAAAGACAAUGUUAAGCUUAAUUUAAUGAACCAAAUAUCUUUCAACUGUGUUUGAUAUAAUGGUAAGUGAUUUUCUAGCACCAAUUUAUCAUGAUUACUCAAGGAUAAGGUGUUGGUGUGAUGGCUGCUGGAAAUGGGGCCUGUCUAGAUUUGAUCAAAAAUGGCUUUUUUCAAAUAGUGAUGGUGCUGAUUUUUACAUCAGUAAUGUCCUGAUUAUAUUUUGUGAUCAGUUGAAUGCAACUUUAGUGAAUUAAAGUACCAAUUUCCUUCCGAAACAGAAAAAUCUGUACAUUAUUCCAAACUUUUGACCGCCAGUGUUUGUGUGUGUGUAUGUAUGUAUGUAUGUAUAUAUAUAUAUAUAUAUAUAUAUAUAUAUAUAUAUUAGGAGGUAAAAAAAAAAGGUUUGCCAUGUAUGUAUGAUGUAUGUAGAGUAUUAGUACAGAUAUUGUCACGAUUCACUGUUGUCUGCCCUGUGUUUUGCCUUUGUCAUCUGUUCCCCAUGGGCUACACUUCCCAUAAUUCCCUGCCCUCAUCACUGCCAGCUGUCUUCCAUUGUCCCCACCUGUGUUUCGUCUACUCAUUAGUCUUUUUGUAUAUCAUGCCCUGUUGGUUGCUUGUUCUCGGUCAGUUGUUGAAUGUGUGUACUUGAAUGUAUCCUGACCUACCGUGUUUUGUCCGUGCCCUUCGUGGAUGUUUUCUCCUGUCUAUGUUUUUGUCUCCCCUCGUGGAAGUUUUAUUUUGUUCCUGUGUCUCCCAGUUAUUUGUAUUUGUUUAUUUUCAUUAAAAUCCUUUAAUUUUCAU